AUGGUGAUAGCCGGGUUGCCGCCAGUUGGGAUCACGGCGAAAGCGAGAGGGGAGAACUGGGAUGUCGACAGCCUGAUGAACGGAUGGCAUGAGCGAUGGGAAAAGCGGGAAUCCUGGACACGGACAGUGAUAAGGGACGUCAGGGAAUGGACCAACAGGGUGUACGGCGAAGUCGUUUACUAUCUGACCCAGUUUCUGUCUGGCCACGGUGAGAAUGCAAGCUACUUCCACCGAUUCGGAAAACGGCCAAACCCAUCCUGCGCAGACUGCGUAAACUUGGACCACCCAGGACAUGUAGUGCUGGAGUGCGUGAGAUGGCACGCGCGCAGAUUAGUAGCAGAAGUAGAAGUUGGCGAACACCUGACAACGGAAACGGUGGUUCCAAUUAUGCUGAACACACGGAAGGCUGGAACGCCGUGCAAAAGCUGGUGA